AUGACUAACAACACCACAGAUAUCUUGGGCGCGCUAAGGCCGAUAGAGAAAUUAAGGCAGAGGUGGGGAACUGGCGAUGCAUGUCACAUAUACCCGAAGUCGAUCUUGAGGGCGUUGGGACCUUCCUGGCCGAGCUCGCGGUUGAGCUCCUCCUUGGCCUGGGCGAACGCGUCCUCCUUGGUGCCGUCGUCGGCGCCGCUCUCCAGCACCGUGCUGACGGCUCUGAAGAUGGGCUUCCACCGCUGGGCCUCGAGGUUCACCACCCCCAGCGCCCACUUGAGCUUCUCGGCGUCGCUGGUCUCUGGCCUGUGGCGAGAGAUCACGGUAAUGGCCUGCGCCAUGGCUUCCUGCCGCAGCUGCAGGUCCUCGUCCCCAGCGGCGACUGGGCUGUUGCUGGCGGGGAGGACGAAUUUGACCUCGAUGGUGCGAGCAUCAUGUCUGAAAAUCACACUGGCCCUCGCCUUGUACAUCGCGCUGGCAGCGGCAAUGCUGUUGCAGCUGGCGGAGAAGGCAAGCAGGAGGAAGAGGAGGCGGAAGGCGGCCAUGGCGAAUGGAAGAUUGGUACGUCUCCUCUCCUGA